CACUUCUGUUCUCUGUCCCUUAUACCACAUUUUUGCAUGUCACCUUUCUAGAGUAAAGGCUAGAAUUUGGCGUCUGCAUCUCUUUAAAAACUGAAACUUAAUUGCAUUAUAACGCCAGUUGCAAUAUGGCUUCAAGUGGUUGAUGUAUUCGUUAGAUUUCUUCUGGAACAACAACAACAAAAAAAUCCUGUACUGAAUGAAAAUGAGUUGUUAAAGAAAUGUGAAAAUAAUCAAAUGAAGGAAAACUAACGAAAAAAGUUCACAGAGCAGAAAUCUGAAGAAAAUGAAGUUGUUGUCAUAGGGAACCAGUGCUACAGCUGAAGCAACAGUGCAGAACUACUUUCUUCAAGAAGUGUGGUAAUUGGAAAGAUUCAGAAGCUGUUACUUAAUGCUACUUACUGUAGAAGGCUACCUGCUGAAUAUGUUUUUCCUGCGUGAAACCACAGGCUUGGAGAAGCUAUGAGGUGCAUGGCCUCCAUCAGGACAUGCUGCCAAAGCCAGAUCGUAAUAAAACAACAACAAGUUUCAUGUGAACAGAAGUGUCAUCAGCAAGUGGUUUGUGAAGGUGUCUGUGAGUAUUGGCAGGUACUACAACGAAAUAAAAGAUGACAACAGCCCAUACAAUAUUUAUACUACAAUUCAUUGAUGUUUAACAGAGAUCAGGAAGGAAGGUCCAACCACUGCACAGUUCUGGAAGAAAUAGGACAAAGCCCUGCAGGGCACGAUGUCCCAUCGAUUCGGAUCUCCGGAGUUCGGACCCGCGCGGUCCCGCGAGCACCGCCUGCAGCCCCGCACAGUCCUGCCCCGGAGACGCAACAGCUCACAGCUCCUGCUACAGAACGGCCCUACAGACUGAUGAUGAUCUCAUGCUUCGUUAUUUAACCUUCUCGAUUUCCCCCUUCGGUCCCCCCAACCCCUCAGCGCUACCGCCUCCCAGCCCGCCUGUACCUGCCUCCGUUGCAGCCUCCGCCGGCAUUAAGGGCACCCGGAGGGCAGCGACGUCAGGCAGGCACUGCGCAUGCGCCUGGGGCGGUGCUUAUUGGCCGUUCAGUUUGAUAGACAGGGAGGCGCGGCGUGGGCGGGAAUGCUGCGGUUCCGCGCACGCGCCGUCGGGCGGACUGGAAGCGAGGGGUCUGUGCUGAGGGGAGCGCGGUACGGCCGGCCCGGUGCCUGUGCUCUGCCUGCAGCUGGGCACUGAUGUGGGCUGUGCAGACCCCGGCCGCCGAUUCCUCCCCUUCCAGUCACAGUACUGAGUCCGCCUCCCCGGCCCCGCCCGACAGUCUCCUCACGCCCUCCAGCCUGUGCGGCAGCCUCAGCUCCGGUUCGCUCCCGCCCGAUAGCCUCCAAGCCUUCCCCGGCCUCGACAGCGGCCGCGAGUCGCCCAGCAUCCAGUGCGACAGCCUCGAGUGUCCCGGGUGCCGCUGCGGGAGCCUGGGCUCGGUAAGCCCCUGCGAGGACAGCCUGCAGACCCGGCUGGCGGCGUGUAAUGGUCCGGGGUGCUUCGGGGUGCACCGCUGCAGCCCUCACGUGCCCCGCGACCUCAGUGAUAGCCUGGAGUCCUUCGGCGCCCAACACGACAGCCUCCAGUCCGUCCCCAGCCUGCGCGAGAGUCUGCGGUCCUCCAGCAUCGCGGGUGACAGUCUUGAAUCUCUUUCUAGCCUGAGCAACGGGUCCACCAGCCUCGAGUUCACCAGCCACUGAGCCUGCCUUCAGCUUCUCCAUACAACACUCCGGGCUCUGCUUUGCCCCUAGCUGCUGUGAGAGCUGCCAGUGUUCUGCAUUUCCUCGCAGAAGGCUAUGUUGUUCCAGCUUACUCUUCUAUAUCCAGGGCAGUAACCUCAAAUCCUCGCUGUCCGUGGCUCUUUCCCAGUUUACAUCAGAGAGGCAGUGCUCCCAGCAGUGUUAACGUCAGCGCUGCCAUCAGUGAAGAAUGGAGGUGCGCGGUCCUCGGAGGAAUCGCAGAUACCUGUCUGAUCUCUAUGAGAACAUGCUGCGGGCUCAAGACACAGCAGGACGAGGACAGGAGCAGCCCUCAAUGGUACGUCCGAGCAGCAGCCCAUGUCUUGUGAGCCGUGCCCCAGUCAAGGUGGUGGCCCAGCCUCAUCAGCCGCAGAGCAGCACUUCCAGCAGCUGUGAUCCAGCACUGCGGCCUAUCAUCCGCCGCCGAGCAAGGUCUUUGCCUACAACACCUGAAAGAAGGAAGCGAGUGCAGUGUCAAGCUCCUGUGUGCCAGAGUCGCAUGAACAAGGUGAGAUUUGCUGAUGCUCUGGGCUUGGAGCUGACUGAAGUCAAAGUCUUCCAGAAAGGGGAGGAUCCUUCAAUUCCCCUACAUGUCCUUUCCAGGCUCUCCAUAAAUUCAGACCUCUGGUACAGCAACUUGGAGUUUACCAUGCAGUGCUUAGUCCCUGAUUUCCAGCAGCCUGCAGACUGCAUGGAUUUCUCUGCCCGACUUCAGGAGCAGCAGGUGUGUCUUGAACGAGUGACUAGUUCAGAUCUGGGGGUCAGUGGCACCAUCCAAGUUUGCAACAUUGCUUUUGAGAAGCAAGUGUCUGUGCGAUACACCUUCAACCAGUGGAAAAGUCUCCAUGAAGUAUGUGCUCAUUGGCACAGUAGCAUCUCUGAGAAAAACGGGCAGGAUCAAGUUGAUGUUUUCACAUUUUUUCUCCCUGUGCCUUCUUUCCUCCUUCAGCUGUGCUCUGUAGUCCAGUUUGCAGCAAGAUAUCAAGUCAAUGGGCGGGAAUAUUGGGAUAACAACAAAGGCAAAAACUACAGCCUCACUUGCCGGACUCACCCCCUCAAGAUGCCUAGAGAAUGCGAGGAGAGCUGGAUCCACUUCAUCUGAAUGAAGGAAAGUGGAUGCAGAACAGCUUUGCAGUAGUCUCAACGGCCCUUUCUUGCGUGGCAUUGCUCUGUGCUCCUUUUUGAAGCCUACCAAACCUGGCAGAGUUUCACAGCAGGCAGGUAGCCAAUGAACCGGACGUACUGUUCUAAACCUCUGAAAGUGUUAAGGGCCAAAAUGUGUAGAGCUACAUCUGCUGAAAGCCUGGGUGGUUUCUUGUAAUGAAAAUAAUAAUAAUAAAAAAUCAAGGCAGAAUGGUUCAAAGGGAUUCUCUCAGGCUAUUUAGAAGAGAUCAAGAGAAGACACUUUAUGUUGCUAGCAAUAUUCUAGAUCGCAUUGAGUAUUUCUAACAGAUCUAUUUUACUAUUUUGUACUGUCUGUUUUUUAAAUGGGCAGUGCAGCUUUAUUGUUUUCAUUUCUAAUUUUGUUUGUAUUAUCACACCAACUCUGGGCACUGUUCCAAUUACAAUUUGCAUGGCAGACACUGUAGGGAAGCACUUACAUAUAUACAUAUAUAUAUAUAUAUUAUAUAUAUAUAUAAAAUAUAUAUACUUUUUUUUUUUUUUAAGACUGUUACUGUGCUGAGUAUUUCCAUUAGUUUUGGGGUUGGAAAGUAAAGAAAUGUUAUGAGCAAAACUUGCAUGAAAAUUUCCAAUCAGCCCGUUUCCCUUUUUAUUAUUUUUAUUAUUAUUAUUAUUAUUAUUAUUAUUAUUAUUUUUAAGUGCCUUAUCUCCACUGUUUGCGGUAGGCAGGAGGAGUGAUUGUUACCAGAGUGUAUGAAGGUACUCUGCUUUGUGGGGAAGCUCUCAUCUUGUUCACCUGAUUAACCAGUAGGCUUUUCCUCCAGGUGGUGAUACAGGAGUUGUCCUUCUGCAGCUACAUUCACUAAGGAAAACCAGAGAAAUUUUGCACUCAAAUUACACUUAUGCUCUUACACUCGUACUUGAAAUAGGUGAACUUGUAAAUCAAGCAGAUGUGAGAAAGGAAAGAAAAGACAGUACAUUGAGCUUGUAACAGAGCCUUGCAGUAGGAUCCUUGGACUCUGAAUCCUGGCUCUCUGUUUCCCAGCAUCUCACUGCCUUUGCAGUAGUACUUUUUGAAUGCUCUGCUCAGCUACUUUUUUUUAUAAACCAAUUGAUCUCUAAGACUGCAUCCUUUGCAAUGCGAAACAGGAACCUCAAAGCAAAAUAAUGCUUCUAAUAGUAAAUUAGUAUUAAAAUGUGUCCUCAGAUUAUCUUCUACAGCAGGGAAAGCAUAGCAACAUAAGUACUGCAUACCCAAUACUUCUUGCUCUGCGACUUUUGUUCUGAGGAUUUAGUAUGGUUUGAGGUAGGCAACAGGCUUGGUGACAGGCUUCAGUCUAGUAAGUAAAAGAUUGUCUGUUUAUUUGUUCGUUUUUUUUCCAUAUAUUCAACACUUGCAUGCAAAAUUUAUGACAAAUUUUCAAAGCUGUCUGGGUGGAAGCUGGGUAGAGCUGCUUUUUUGAAAGAGCUGUGCUAUAAAAAUCAAGCCAUGUAUUCAGACAUCUAACUUUAGAUUUCUGCUUAUUCAUCAAAAUCACAAGUGAUUUUUAAAACCACAGUUGUAAUUAACUCAUGGUUGAGUAUGUGCUAAUGCAAAAGGUCCAACAAGUAAUUCUGGAAGUGCAGAAACACCAAGAAAAUUCAAGUGUUUGGCAACUUAAUGUUACUAGUUGGGCUAUUUAUUAAUGCCAGGAUUUGAAGUGAACAGGCUUCCCAGUUGGGUAGUCUUUAUCUUUCAAAGGAACAACUGAUGAAUGAUGGUUUUUUGACCUGCUUAGCACCUCUUUCAUAGUACAGUGAAAACUCAAUUGUAUUGGAAACCGCUGGGAACUGACUGGUGUCAUACUGGAGAACUCACCCACUUAAUGUGCACUUACACAUCCUCCAUUUUGUUCUUUGUUUUGAAUUGCAUGCUUAUAAUUUCUUCCAUAGCAAUCCAGUGCAUACUGCUUUCAGUUAGAGUUUUCUUUAAGAAAAAAAAAAAACAAGCAACUUUUGAUAGAACAGGCAAACCAUUUGUUUUCAUUCUAUAAUUUGGCCAUUUCUUUUAGCGACUGCUGCUUAAAUGCAAUUUUGAUGUCUUUCCUAAGUAAAUGAAAUGUCCACAGAUGACAGAUGUCAUUUAUAAAGCUUACAUAGCUGUCCAGUGUAACAGCAGAAAUGCAAGAUGUACUUUGGCUUGUUUUCAGCAGGACACUUGUCAGUAGUUGAAUUCAGUUGGGGCUGGCAGGGUUUUCCUGUGAAAGCCAACUUCUAAGUAUUACUCUUCCUGUAAGCCUACCUACCUUUGGUAAUUAAUUUUGGUUUUUAACUUGUAUGUAUUUUGAUCAAUUACCAGUGGUUAUCUGUGGGUAGGGAAGAGUAAAAAUAAUCAUUUCUUUAUUAACUUUUUGCAUAAAAGAGCUUUCAUUUUCUAUUUAACAGAAAAUGAAUUUAAUUUUAUAUUGGAGCACAGUGAGAUCAAAAGUUCAAGUUGAAAUUGUUUUGAACGAGUAACACAACUGCUCCAUUAGGAAAUUUCAUAUCUGUUAAGUCUUCAUAGCCAUUAAGACAGGCAGAACACUUCUGAGAUUAGGGUGAGGCUGGAGAUUUAUAGCUAUACGGAUUAAAAAGACUGUGUGCUUUCAGUCCACCUGCAUUACUUUCCGUAUCUCAGUUAAAGAGGUAAAUUGAGCUGCAGCUCUUUUGUCACAGGGGAAGGAGAACUGAAACUCUGCUCUUCCUCAUUGGCCAAAAAAAAAAAAAAGAGGAGAGAGAUGGAGCAAUGCAAGAAGGGGCACUUCUUGACUCAUGCCCUCUUUUUUUUUUUUUUUUUGGGGGGGGGGGGGGGCUCUGUAUGGCUAAAUGACAUAUGAUGGUGUAUGACAACACAUCUGAAGUAAUCAACCCAGAUGUUCUCUAUACUCAGUAGCGAUGUUGCUGUAGUUUGCAAGCUGCCUGUAGUGUGACUAACUGUGUCAGCUGCUGCAGGAUGAGUUCUGCUGCAAAGAAAUUCUCAGUGCUGUUGCAGAUUGUGCCAAAUGUCAGGUAGGGUAAAACACACCUUGAGUAACUGCAGAAGAAUCUUUCUUGGCAUGAACUGAACCUUACUUUGGUGACACUUGCUUACUUAAGUAAUAUCAUUAAAGUUUAUUGCUUGUUGUUGAACUCCAUAGAAGUGGAGUUUUACGUAUUUGUUAGCAAAGUAAAAAGAAAACAUAGGCACAUGCACAGAAGAACCUGUGCUGAAUAAAAGGCACUAUUUUAAAGUAUUACUCCUUCCCCCCCUUCCCCCCCCCCCCCCCCCAAUUACUGUUUUUCUUUCCUGAGCAAAAACACUGAACUGUCUCUCAGCACACUGUUAACUUCCUUUUCUUCUGAGACUGCUAUUUCAUACUGUUUUACAAUGGGUGUUGCUGGAGCCCAAUGCGAUACUUGGCUCACUGGUGCUAAUAUGCUGUUGCUGUGUUCUGAAAGAGAAACAUUCAUGCUUGCAAAUGUCAAAAUUGCCUUGUUACUGCAAGGAGCAAGAGAUUAUAGAGAGACAGUUUAAAGUCACUACGUCAGAGAGGUGAGAACUGAAUAUCUCAGCAAAGUGAGUUUAGUUUGCAUUGUCUUCCUUCUGUAGCCUCUCAGGGUAUUUGCAUGUACAAAAUUUUGAAUAUUCACGUGUUAUUCCAAGUUUGCCUUUUAUCUCUGCAUGUCUGUCACUGCUGUAGAAGAAUGGACAGCAGCUGUUACUAAACCAGUUGCCUGGCUUUGCUGACUGAGUUGAGCAUGCCUACAUUAGGAAGGAACUGGGAGGGAUCGCUAGGUUUCUUCAGUACAUAAAAAACAUUUUUCUUUAGGGUGCUCCUAAGCUGUUAAAUAUUCACACAGGUACUGAGUCAUGACAGAUGAAAUCUGUACUAGUUUUUUUCCUGUCACAUUCUGUAGUGAACAUCAGAAGGAUUCUAGUUGACAACAACAGAAGGUUUAAGCCAUUAAGUAGUGAUAGCGUGCACCUAUCAUGAAGGCAGACUUAUGACCACUUAAAUUCUCAGGAUAACUUCACUGCCUGCACUGUGUUCAAACUGAGCACUUCCCUUAUAAUGAGGAUUUUGUAAAACUGAAUUCUUCACAGGAGUUACUGCCAUGUAAUGCACUUUCAAAACUUGUCUAUUUUAAUCAUAGAAUGUCCAGUAAUCCACAGUUUCAAAGUCCUUUCAAGUAUGUUUUUGUAAACAAACGUGGAAUCCAUGUAAAUGAGAAGGUUGCCUUUCCUGAUUGUCAUGUCAAGAAAAAAAGUACAUUACACAGUAUGUCAAUGAAGUACAUCUGCUUGACAAAAUGUCAUUUUGUUUUACUGAGGAGUUGUAAAGGAGUUGUUUAUUUCCUUUAAGAACAGUAAGAAAACUGACUAUUUUAAUAGGAGAGGUUGCAAUAAAGCUUUUCACGGUUUU